UCCUUCAUUAUUUUUGUUUAAUUUUAUAUUCUUUAAAUAAACUAAACAUUCACAUUAAUCAUAUAAUAAAAAAUUUAUAUGUUUUCUUAUAUGUUAUAUUAUGAUUUUUUUCAAAAGACUAUAUUUUAUUAAUAUUGUUAAAAGUCUCACUUUAAAAAAUUUAUGAUCAAUGGUUUAACUUUGUUUUCGUUAUAACAUGAUACAAUGAUCAUAAAGUCAUAUGAAUCAUAAGUUUCAUUUAAUAUAUAUUCAGAUUAAAUAUAUAUAUAUUAAUAUUAUUAAAGCUAAACUAUAUACCAUAUAAAAAUACAUAAAUAUUUUAAUUUCAAAAUUUUCAUUGCAAAAUUUUGAGGCCUUAAUAUUUUAAUUUUAAAAUUUUCAUUGAAUUAAAAAUGAUUAUAAAUUACUUAAAUUAUUAAAAAUCUCACACUGAUUUUGUGAUUAAUGGUUUAGUUUUUGGUACAACAAAUAUACAAAUGUAAAUAAAAUUAUAUGAGCAGGAAGCCUCAAUUAAUAAAUAUCCAUAUUAAAAUAUACUAUAUAUUUAUGUCAAUAUUAUUUAAAUUUAAUUAUAUAACAUAUAAAAUAAAUAAAAUGAUUUUUUUAUUUACUUACCAAUAAAAUUAUUGUAAAUAAACAAGAGGGAUUAUUUUGAUUUAUGUGAUAACUCCAGUUUAAUAUAUACAUAAUAGUUAUUUGUUUCUCAAUUAUUCAAUAUAUUUAUUAUUUCAUAAUACGUAAUGAAGACAAAAUACAUAAUAAUAUAUAAAAGUAAUUUGUAUAUAUACUAUUCAUUUUGGGUCUUCAUUCUGCGCAAAGCGCGGAUCUUCACCUAGUUUAUUGUGUAUUUUACAUGCCAAUGAGUCUAUAAAAACCACCAUUUUCAUAUUAAAAAUAUAUUAUUCAUCAUUAUAUACAUUUUUAUUAAUAUGCUUUUAUUUUAUAAUUUAAUAUAGAAUCGACUUAGAUAUUAAACUUUUAACUUUCUUUUAAAAAUAGUUUGUUUAAAAAUUAAAAUUAGGGUAUUUACAGAAAAUAUAUGUGUUCUUACUAACAGAAUUAUUUGAGGGAAUCAUAUUUAAUAAAAUUACACAUCAAAUCAAAUGAAAAAGGAAAAACAAAAACAAACAGAAGAAUAAAAAUGCAGGUGUUACAGCUUUACACAUAAACUAUGGAAACUAGUACCAUACUUAUUAGUACAACGGUACGUAAAAUAAGUUGUAAAUAUAUUGCCUAAAUUUUGGAGAAAACAAUUUUUUUGGGACAACAUCGUUGCAUUUCAUUCGGUUCAAAGGAUUUUUACAAGCGUACAAAAACGAUAGAAAGAUUGCAUAAUUAAGUUAAUUAUAAUUGGAAGCGGUAUGUAACACGUGUUAACUGUGGAGGCUUCAAAGAAAAUCACGUAACUUACAAGUGUUCUUCAAAGAGGAGACGACAUAUACAACUGUCGAAAAAGCUUCUUUUCCAUUACAACGAAUUCACUUUCCAAAUCUCUUAGAGCAUCAUUAUCGGGGUUUUGGUGCUUCUGCUCCUGUCUCAGAACUCUUAAAGUUUGAUUCUUUUAGAAAACCCAUUUUGUAAUAUUCCGAGUUUAGGUUUAGAUUUGUUGGAUGAUAAUCAUCUCUUUUGUUGGUUGGUUGAUUCAGAAAGUUCAAAAGGCCUUGUUGCAGUCUGAUGUUCAAUCAAAAUCUGAUAAAAGUCCAGUGACUGUUACUGAUUAUGGUUCACAAGCAGUUGUUAGUUUACUCUUACAAAGGGAACUCAGCUCUGAACCCUUUUCAUUGGUGGCUGAAGAGGACUCAGCGGAUCUACGCAAGGAUGGUUCUCAGGAUAUUCUCGAGCGCAUCACUAAACUCGUCAACGACACUUUGGCUACUGAGGAUAUACUCAAACCCAUUGACUCUACUUUAUCAACAGAUGAUAUUCUCAGAGCCAUUGACUGUGGCAUAAAGAGUUUUCUUCCUAUUCGUGGUGGACAGCAAGUCCGCGUCUCCAGCCGUCACUGAGUCUCUGACCAUCGUUUUCCCCAUCAUCACGCGCUCAUGAGAAUGAAUCUGAGGAAAAGUGUAUUUAGCAAACGAUGGUGGAGAUGUUUCCUAAGAUCAGUAAAUGCUGCUUAUGGAAAGAUCAAAGCUAUGCUCUCUACUCUUGGAGAUCCUUUUACUCGGAUCAUUACUCCAAAGGUAUCAGCAAGUAUUUUUAUUCCUUCCAUGAAUGUGUUCUCUGAAGUUGGUUUUGUCUUUAAGAAAUAUCUUGUGACCUUGCAAGAGUAGCAAAGUUUCAGAAUUUGUAGUGAUUGAAAUCUGCAAGGUGUUGGUCUUUUCACAAACUCAGAACCAAGAAGAGGUCAAUUGGUUAAUAAUUUUUUUUUUAAGAAUCUUAUUUAAUAAGAGACUUGCAAUGAAGGAUAUAAAAGUUGAAAGUUCUUAACUAACUCUUUUAACCAAAUUUACUACUUAAAUAGUAUUAAAAAUUAAUUAGGAGACUUCUUCUUUAGAAUAAUGAUGCUCUUAUAUUCUUUGUCGCUGCUCUAUUUACUUUUACCAUGAUACUUUCUAAGCUAACCUCGAAUACUUGAUCAAAACUACUUUGAUUCACCGGAAAUUCCGCAACAAAGAAUGCAUGAGCCAAAACUAACAACCACAUUUGUUGGACCAUAGAAACACCAACUCUUCUUAAUCGACUUCACAAAUCGCUGGAGCGAUUCACAUCAAUUCUCAAUCAAAAAUACUUUCUUUAACCCCAUAACCAGUUUACUGGCAAAAGAAGAGAGAUUCGUCAAAAGAGAGGUGAAAGUGAAUGGUAUAUAGAAGAAACUGGUCAAAUCAUCGAAAAUAUUUAAAUAAAAAGUGGAAGACACUAAAUUCAAUUCUAGUAAAUAAAUAAAUAAAAUUUUGAAGAUCUCUUCAACUGAGAUUGAUGGACAAAAAAUCGCCAAAAACGAAAGUAAAUCGAUAAACCCAAAAAAACAUAGUCGUGGAAAUGAUCAAAGAUCUAUUACAACAACAAAAGAAAAUUAAAUUUAUCUCUCAGCGAUUUGAAAUUAAAAA